AAUAGUCAUUCUUGUCAAUAACCCAAACCCUAAUAGAUCGACUGACAUUUGUUUACUAAAUUUGGAGGUUAUAAAGUAGAAGCCUAUGUUUUGGCAAAAUAUCAUCAAAGCUAACUCUUUUUAACGAGUUAUAAAGACUACAAUUAGCCAAACACCCCAAACAUAAAUAUGGGGGGCAAAUUCGAGUCCCUCCGCAUCGAAUAUCAGGAUGUCUUACGCAAGUCUUUCAAAACCAAAAGCGCGGAAACAAUCGAGACCAAAGUUAAACAGUUUACGAAAACCGCCGCCGACCUCAAAGCCCCCCUGGAUCAGGCGUUCCGAGACAUGCUGCUUGAGCUCCUCGAGCAAGAAGUUAACGUCGCGGUGUUGUGCGAAUUCGUCGAUUUCAGCGUCUUGUGCUGCAGAAAAGACCUGAGCAACCCCACGAUGCCUGUGGUACUCCUGUCUGAUAUUUUCGACGCGCUGACUUUGGACGCGUGUCAGGAGAUGUUUCUCUAUGUUGAAAAUAACGUGGAAGUGUGGAAGGAGAAUUUAUUUUUCAGUUGUUGCAAAAACAACUUGUUGAGGUUGUGCAACGAUUUGCUGAGGAGACUGUCCCGGUCUACCGCGACGGUCUUCUGCGGGCGGAUUUUGCUCUUCUUGGCAAAAUUUUUCCCGUUUUCGGAACGGUCAGGUUUGAAUAUUGUGAGCGAGUUUAAUUUGGAGAAUACGACGGAGUACGGGACGGAUUCGAGUCAGGAUACUGUGGGGGAUAUUGAAGGGGAAGAGAAGAAAAAUGCUGUGAUUGAUUUUACGUUUUAUUGUAAGUUCUGGUCACUGCAGGACUUCUUCCGGAAUCCGAAUCAGUUGUACAGUAAAGUGCAGUGGAAGUUGUUUUGUACUUAUGCGACGAGCGUCCUAAACACGUUCCAGGGUCUCAAACUUGAACACGUUGAAAAUAGUGGCAGCUACUGUGACGAAAGUAAGAAUAAAAUGUACUUUUCUAAGUACUUAACCAGCCAGAAAUUGCUGGAUUUGCAACUAUACGACGUCAACUUCCGAAGAGCAGUUUUGCUUCAGUUCCUCAUUUUGUUCCAGUAUUUGUCUUCUUCAGUCAAAUUUAAAUCCGACAGUUUCGAACUCAAAACGGACCAAAAAGAAUGGAUCCAAAACAGCACUGACAAAGUAUACAGCCUUCUGCGCGAAACGCCCCCUGACGGUAAAAGAUUUGCUGAAAUAGCUUCCAAUAUUUUAAGUAGGGAAGAAUACUGGAACGCCUGGAAAAACGAUGGUUGUCCCGAGCUGAAAAAGUCGGUCGUGGCUUUAGAAAACCCCGAUAAACGUAAAACUGACGACCGCCCCCUGUUGGGCGACAUAAUCAAAGACGCUUCCAGCCAGGGUAAAUUUUACAUGGGAAGCCCCGAACUGACGAAGUUGUGGAACUUGUGUCCAGACAACCUAGAGGCUUGUAAAGGCAAAGAACGAGACUUCCUUCCGACUUUGGAAGAUUAUUUCGCCGACGCUAUAGCACAAAUGGAGGCACCCACUCCAGUCAAAGAUGAAGACAACUUGCUCAAAGACGGCAACUAUGGGUGGAGGGCUUUGCGGUUACUAGCCAAACGCAGCCCCCAUUUCUUCACCUACAGUACUGUGAUUCUGAAUCCGUUGUCUUCGUAUUUAGAAAUGAUGGUUAAAAAAAUCGCACAUGAUAAACCAGGUCGGAGUCAGGAAAAUUCACAAGAGGUGCAACAAGCGGAUGUUGAGGAGGAAAAUUUGUUUAAAGACACACAAGUGGAUGAAGGGACAGAAGAUAUCAAACCGUCGGAAGGGGAAGAAUUCAUGGAUGAUAAGAAUACGAGGGUUGACCAUAAAAUUACCCCUGCUCAGUUACAAUUAUUUAGUGAGAAAGUUGCCCCUCAUUGGAAAAAGUUGGCCAAUAAGUUGGGUUUUAAAACCGACGAAAUUCAAUUUUUCACACAGGAGAACGCUAAAGAGGUGGAUCAAGCUAAGAAUAUGUUGCAGUUGUGGUUCGACGAUGAUGAAGACGCCACUCUGGAUAAUUUUCUGUACAUUUUAGAAGGACUAGAGAUGGAGGCGGCGGCGGAGCUUGUUAGAAACGAAAUAAAUUCGAUGGAUGCGUGAUUUUUUUGUUGUAGUGGUUACCUAGUUUUUGGAUUUUUUAAAAAAUGAAGCAAAAAUCUUCUCGAUAGUUUUAUUCAAGUCGAGGAUUUAAGUCGUUUUUUGGGUUUACUUUUUAACUUUAAUUUUCUUUUGCGGUGUAAUUCAUUGUGGUCAAUGUUCGGGCAAUCGCGUUUUUUAUGCCCUGGUUGCUUGCAAUGGAAACAAUCCUUCAGUAAAAAUAAAAUGUGAAACCUGCUGAUUA